AUGGCUAUUGGGUCAUAUAAACUUGUUAUCAACAUUAAUCAUCUGCGAAAUGAUCCUGCCAAUUGGAUAAAAAAUCAAGAAACGAUAGAUUAUUUAUCAAUCAAUGGAUUUAACCAAAAUUUAGAGAACAAUAAUUUCCAAAAGUCAAAAAGAAUUUACACUCAAAUAAUUGGUGGGGUAAGACGUACUCGUUUUCGAUAUAUGUCAAAAAAAAGUAAAGGAUCAAUAUUUUGUGCUCCCUGCUAUUUAUUUGGUGGCACUACAUCGUUUGCCACAGUUGGUUUUUCAGAUUGGAAAAAAGGAGAAGAAAAAAUCAAGCGUCAUGAAAAUUUACAACACCACAAAUUGUGUGUAAUGAAUAUGAAAGAAAGAAAAGAAGUAUUAAAUCGAGUUGAUCAAAAGCUAAAGUAUCAAGUAGAAACAGAAAUAAAUUAUUGGAAAAAUGUAUUGACAAGAGUUGUAGCUGUUGUGAAAUCCCUUUCUUCUCGUGGAAUGUCUUUUAGAGGUGAUGAUGACCGUUUUGGAUCUGUUCAUAAUGGGAACUUUAUGAUGAGCUUAGAGCUUAUUGCUCAGUUUGAUCCUUUUUUAGCACAACACAUUGAGAAGUUUGGAAAUAAAGGAAAAGGUUCAACAUCAUACCUAUCAUUUAAUAUAUAUGAGCAGUUCAUAAGUAUAAUGGCAGAUAAUGUUAUUCAACAAAUGGUGAAAGAAAUAAAGGAAGCUAAAUACUUUUCCAUCAGUAUUGAUUCUACUCCUGACAUUAGCCAUGUAGAUCAACUGUCAUUCAUUUUUCGGUAUGUUCAAAAGAAUGGCUGUCCGGUAGAAAGAUUUUUAGGGUUUUUACCUAAUUCUGGUCAUAAAUCUGAAGAAUUAGCAGAUGCUGUAUUUUUAGUUUUAGAAUCGCAUGGAUUAAAUAUUAAUAAUUGUCGUGGUCAAAGUUACGACAAUGCGUCUAAUAUGUCUGGUAGAUACACAGGACUUCAAGCUCGCAUUAAAAAAGUUAAUCCUUUAGCAACAUUUGUACCAUGCUCGGCACACUCUUUAAAUCUUGUUGGUGAGUGCGCUGUGGACUGUUGUAUUUAUGCUUCUGAAUUUUUUAUUCUGCUUCAAAAUAUUUAUAAAUUUUUCAGUGCCUCUACUUAUAGAUGGGAAAUACUUCAGAAGAAUUUGAUUAAAACAGAAAAUGUAUCUCUUAAAAAACUAUCAGAUACCAGAUGGUCAGCAAGAUCUGAUGCAAAUGAUAAAACAGAAAAAUCUAUUACAAGAUCAGAAGCUAACGGGCUAUAUUUAAAACUGGAUAGUCUUGAAACAGCUAUAAUGGCCACAUUAUGGGGCGAUAUACUAGAGAGAUUCAACAAAACUAGCAAACAAUUGCAGUCAGUUGAGAUUGAUUUAGAAACAGUUGUAAGUUUAUACGAAUCUUUAAUUCGAUAUGUAUUAGAUUUAAGGAAAAGAAGAAAAUUGUGCUAUGAUGAAGCCAAUAAAAAAUUUAACUUUUUAUUUCAAAUAAUAAAACUUUCGCCAUCAGAAGUUUACAAAAAAGCAGAGGUACUUCAAAAUGUAUAUGAAAAUGAUCUUUCGUCUUCAUUUGCUAACGAGUGUAUACAAUUCAGAAGUUAUUUAAUGAGUUUAACUGAAAACUUAAGACCUAAAACUAUAAUAGAUGUUUAUAAAAUGAUCAGAACUGAAAAACUUCAAGAGCUGUUUCCUUAUGUAGAUAUAGCAUUAAGAAUAUAUCUACGCUGCCCAACGUCCAAUUGUUCAGCCGAGAGAUCAUUUUCAGCAUUAAAGAGGGUUAAAUCUUAUUUGAGGUCGCGAAUGACAAGUGAUCGUCUUAAUAGGAGUACUCCUAGAAAUUUUAAUGAUACUUCUCUUUUUAUUUCGCAAUCGUUAAUACAAAGAUUUGAAAGACUUAAUGGAAUUUUGUCUCGUUCAUGA